AUGUCUUUGAUAAAUAGCUUGUGGUCGUGGUUUGGACCUCCAGUGGACAAAAGGGAGGAAGUCCAAAAAUCCUUUCUGAAACAUCUCUACGAAAAGCUGGUUCAAGGUGACUACAAUGACAUAAAACUAGUCUUUAAAGAUGGCUCCACGACAGGAAGUCGACUUUGUCUGACAGCACUGUCGUCCUAUUUUGAGUCGAUGUUCGCGUCUGACAUGUUGGAGAAGAACACUAGAGUGGUCACUUUACCGACAGUGUCUAAACAAACCUUUGACGAUGUGCUGAAAUUUCAUAUUCUUGGUGAGGACGUCGUCAACAACGUCAACUGUUUUCUCUUGUUUGAUGUCGCUGACAUGAUGCAACUGGAUGACCUCAAGUCUGUCUGUCUGAGAUAUCUGAACAACAAUCUUACACUGACCACAGAAAACUGCGUUCUCAGGUGGAGAUCACUGAAGAAGUACGGCAUGGAAGAUCUUGCUGCAAAGGCUUUUCAGUAUGUAGUAAAAAACGCAGACAAACUGUCAGAGAAUGGGUCAUUGAUAGAUCUGACAACAGAUGAAUAUCUUCAGGUGUUGUCUCACGACGAUCUGCCACAGAAAGAAGAUGACGUGCUUCGAGAUGUUCAGAAGUGGAUCAGUCAGCACAAUCCUUCAGUUGAAAUUAUGGUCGACCUGUUCACACAAAUCAGAUUUGAGCAUGUUAGCAUCAGCUACUUGACAGAUGAUGUUAUUUAUACAGCCUUUUUCAAAGAACAUGAGGCGUUGCAGCAAGUAGUUCAGAAGGGUAUCAACACCUGGUAUUCUUUCCACACACAAAUGAACACGUUUAUCGACAACAGAAUUUCAGGACAAAUGCUUGAUGUUGUAUUCGUCCUUCAAAAUUCUGCUAAACUAUUAUCUGUCGCAUGUUUGAGUGAUAAACGCUGGUAUGAACUUCCAAAAUGUUCUAAUAAACCAGGUACAUGGUUUGCGGCAGCAGUCUUAGACAAAUCAAUAUACAUUACUGGAGGAGAUGAAACACAAAAAUCAAUGCGUGUAUUUAACGUAUGGAGAAGGACGUGGAGUCGUGGUCCAGAUCUCAAACAUAAUCGCUGUGAACACUGUAUGGCUGUUCUAGAUGACAUGCUGUACGUGAUUGGAGGAAAACACAGUAACACUAUAGAACAGCUGCAGCUGGGACAGGACGAGUGGCAGGUGGUAGGAGAUCUCGGAUGUACACGACAAGAUUCCUGUGCUGAAGCUGUUGGAGAAAACAUUCUGGUGAUGGGUGGAAGAUUGGAUAGAAGGGUAACAGACCAAGUGCAUUGCUUCAACACAAACACACACGCUGUCAGCACAAUCAACAUACAGUUGAAAAGUGGAAAUCUAACCAGGUCAUAUCUAGAGAUGCCAAACCUGUAUUUGUUACAUUAUGACGGUUCUGUUGACGUCAUUCACAUCGACGACAUAAACACACGAAAAUUAAGAGCCGAACGUGUUGCAAAAUAUGACAAAUACGGUUACCAUUUUGGAUUUGUAUACACAGAUGGCAGCAUCAUUGUUACUUCCAAGAAGGGCCUAGAGAAGCUGGACAUCAGAAAUGGUUCCAAAGAAUCCGUUUCCCUGAGAAAUACACAAUCAUUUAGCGACAUCUCUGGUGUAUUACACAUGCAGAUACCACGUUUGUGUGUGCAGUAAAAUGACACAUUACAUCCAAAGGAACAUUAAAGAUGUGUUCAGUCAGGUGUUCUGUCAUCAGAUAUGGAGGCAACGUACGAAACUAGCGUCUCAACGGGUCAAAGUCCGAAGUGUAUCUGACUUUAAACAGUGCAUUACAUUAAGGCUAUUACAUGCACUAGGCCAGGAGCAUUAGCAUAUAUCCUGGAAAAAAUUAGUAGAAAGCUGAAUUUUUCAGUAAAGCUCCACAAAGUCAUACCUGUACCAACAUCACAAAGUUCUGCAAAUUCUACCCUGUGGCAUUUUUUUAAAAUUCAAGAUGGCCGCCAUUACCAUCGGCAAUAAAUGGGAAAACGUCAUAAGCAUCAUAACUGCUUAACCACAGGCUUCAGAACAAUGAUUUUUUUUUUUUAAAUCCAUGUUUGGAGUGUGCUGAAUCCAGUGGGUGCAAAUAUGUUUCAAUUCCAUCUGAAAUAAUCCAAGAUGGCUACCAACAAAGCUAAUAAUCGGCUCAAAAAACAGGCAUUUAUUUGCUUUAGAGCUGUACUAAUACAUAAUUUACAAUAGAUUAAAUUGAAGAGGGGUUUUACAAACAAUAUAUUGAUAAAUGGAGAUAGGGCAAAACACAAAAUGUCUGUUUUUGUUCAGCAUGUUUGUGAAUUAUGACAUUAUAAGUGAAUUUUGACCUUUCGUAUCAAUUUUCGUUUUCUUGUUUUAUAAUAUUAUUUGACCAGGGAACUAAAUAUGUUACUAAUUUCGCUAUCAUUUAUUUGUUGGGCAACAAUAAUUUACCCUUUUAGCAUUGUAGGAGUGUCUUCUGAAGGAUUGGCUAGUAUGUUUCCAUUUCAUUUUCAAUAAACAAAAUGGCCUCCAACCCAUAUAAGGACAAAUAUUGAAAUAUGCAUAGCAUUAGCUAAAUGGCAUUUACACUUUGUUUUCUAAUACUAUAAAUGAAGAAGAUAGAACCCAACUUGUAUGAAUCUCGAGAACUGGUUGAUAUAUUGAGUAGCUUGUCAUUUGCAGAUGAUUACAGAGAGGUUCAGCAUCUGUAUGAUGCAUUUCUUACAGAUGAGCAGUUGUAUGAUAUUGAGGGUGAUCUUGUAAAUUUUCUAUUUGACAAUGCUGACAUCAAUUUUAGAACCCUUACAGGUCAUGGCACUUGGCACAUUCUGGGUGGUAUUGCAUGUGUUACCCUUACAGGUGAGAAAGUAGACCAGCCUGCCAUUCCUAGGUCAACUCAGAAAGUCAUGACUAUUGUCCAAACAGGUCAACUUGAAAGUGCAAAUCAAAGUGUACAAAAUUUACAUUGCCCCAGGAUUGAAGUCCAUCAUGAUUGGGCCCCUUUAACCUCCCAAAACAAACCCACCUCUCCUGAAAGUAUCCAAAAUGCUUGGAUAGUGUCUGGUUAGCAAGUUUCUCACUUGGCAUCCCUAUUUCACAAUGUCCAUUAUGGAGUGGCUUCAUGCAAUUCGCUGUGACCGGAGAUAAUCGUGAUAAAAGUAAUAUUCAGAUUUUGUCAUUCGUUAAUCAGGACCCAUCUCAACCUGAAACUAUCUAUUCUGCUUUGUGUUUUGCGCAAACGUUAUCCAAAAAGCAUUCACUUGGUGUUUGUCCUGUCACAUUUGACCAACCCCUGUACAUGAAGGCAAUUGGAAUUGUAAUAUCAUCUUUCCCAGAGCUCAAUAAGAUUGUUGUUAGACUUGGGGGAUUUCACUUACUCGUGUCGUAUAUGGGGUCAACUGGAUAUGUAAUGGGUGGUAGUGGUUUAGAAGAUUUGUGGGCGACCGUUUAUGCUCUAAAUACUGUCAUCCAUAUGAUGACAGGCCAUGCGUAUGCUCGUGCACUCUGCGCUCAUCUUGUCAUCAGUAGCCAUUGUGUCCAAAUUACUACAGACACCUGGACUAACAGCCUUUUCAACGACUUAUUUAGAGUUUCACUGACUAUAUAUCCAAUGUGUUUCUUGUCUUAGUGUUUGUAGUAGCCGCUAUUGGAUUGUCCCUUCUAAUACAUUCCCUACGUAUCAACACAUAUUAUACAGUAUUAGACAAUAAAAUAAAGUUUGAGCUAUUGCAAAUGUAACUAGAGCGAUUAGAAACACUUUUAGAAUAGAGAAACUGAUAUUCUCAAUAAACAAUAAUUGUAUUGUUGUAUAUAGUCUAUAUAAUGGUUUGUCUUUAUAUUACAAGCGAUUAGGUAAGAUUUACUAAUGUCAAACUAAAAAUACAAAAUUCAGUUGUAGUGUAUUAUAUAAGUAGAUAAUGAUGUUUCUUUAUAAUUAUUAAUAGUAAUUAUGUAAUAUGUAUCAAUCUCAAAAUAAAAAUACAAAAUUCAAUUGUAUUGUUUUAUACAGGAUGGAUAAUGAUCUAUUGUUAUAUUCGAAGUGAUUCUGUAGUAUUUGCCCAUGUCAAAAUAAAAAUACAAUUUAAAACAAGACAAAUUUGAUUGAAAUAGUGUUCACUUGUCACAAGGUUGUACCGAGUUUAUUGUAAAAUUAUCUUAUUACCUAGUGUGUUUGUUUGUUUUCUUAAUGCAUUUCUCUUUGUAAUUGGGUGUCGUUUCAUGGGGUGUGUACUUUGAGUUCGCACCGAACUUUGAAGUGACACAAAAAUACUGUGUUUAACUUGUUAAUAUAAUGCUGUUGUUGUUUUUUCUUCUGGUUUUUGCUUUGUUUUGUUAGUGUGGAUUAUGUAUUACAAUGGUCGGCUCAGUGUUUCUGGGGAAGAUUGCCUAUAUAUUAGUAUACGUUUUAUUUCUUAUUUUUUCAUUCAAUCAUAAUAAGCACAAUAGAUGAAUCGGUGUCUUCUUACUAGCUAUAUAUAUAUAUAUAUAUAGUCUUUAUUCCUCUAAACAGAGAGUUGUAACAUAUAAAUACAUUUCAUUACAUACAUACAAACAUACAAGAAUACAAUAAGUUAAUAAAUAAAACUAUGAUAAAUGUGGGUAAGUAGAGCAUGCAUCGAACCAUGAGUACAUAGUGAUUCAAAUACGAGCACAUAAGGUUUAUGGGGUAAUACAAUUAUCGCUUGCUAUUGUUUGCUUAGUAGAUGAAUGUAAUAGAUAACGGUUUCACAGUAAGUACUUUCUAUCGAGUCAUCAACAUUAAGUGGAGGUUCACAAGAUAAUAUCUUAGUAAUAAAAACAGAAUUGGGAAGAUUGUGAAGAACGACACUGAGUUCUACUGGUCCGAUAUCCAAAAGAGAUAUCCAGAAUUCGUCUCUAAUUUCAGAUAUAAAUUGACAAUGACAUAUAACAUGUAUCAGCAAAUCAGAAUAGAUUAAGUGACAGAGGGGACACACUCCUUCACAUGACAUAGGUCGCCACGAAGCGCAUACAUUAAUUACAUGAUGUGCGUGUUCUUUUAACAAUGGGUUCACACGAGAAAUUUGCCAUGCUUUGUGGAUAUUUAAAUCGGGAUGAAGUUGCAGAAAAUGGCUGAUGUCUGGCGAAGACGAGAUUUGUGUUUGCCACUUUAAUUCUUCAAAAUCAAACACGCUUUUCUUAACUAGUCGUUAAAUCAGUCAGAUGAUUUAAAAGUUUGUAUUUACACAUAAUCUUGUGUAUAUCUGUUAUACAACCUACAGGAGUUGUAACACAUUUGUUUUUAAAACAUAGCAGCCUGCUGGUUAUAACUUUAUGUACCAAGGUCCAAGUUGGGGUCCGUAGGAGGUGACCCAGAAAAUAUAACUUAUGAGUGUGUGAUUAUGUGUUUGUAUUAAUCCUUUCGCCAUCUAAAGAUUCUUGAAUAAAAGUUGUUGUAA